CGAGCCCGCUGAGGCGAGCCGAGCCGCGGCAGCACCCGGAGCCCAGCGGCGGAGCUGAGAAGGCACUAGCGGCGCGGCGGGAGUGGUGGCGACGGACAGGUGGCUAGCUUUCGCCCGGGCCACAAGGGGCUACUGGGGCGCCCGCAGAGCUUCGCUGUCUGGACGUGGCGACGGUGGCAUCCCGGACGGCCUGUGAGGGAUGCGCCGCCCACUGCCCAGCGCCGGCUGACCGCCCCCGCCUCGUCUCGCGGUGCGCCACAGCCGGGCCCGCGGCCGUUCCCGCAGCGCCGUCGCCCGGCCGCCGCGCCCGCGGGGCCGCGCCCGGCCCGGCCAUGUGGACCCCCACGGAGGAAGAGAAAUACGGCGUAGUGAUAUGCAGCUUUCGGGGAUCUGUUCCUCAAGGAUUAAUCUUAGAAAUAGGAGAAACAGUCCAGAUUCUUGAAAAAUGUGAAGGUUGGUACAGAGGAGUGUCAACAAAGAAGCCAAAUGUAAAGGGUAUCUUUCCUGCAAACUACAUUCACUUGAAAAAAGCAAUUGUCAGUAAUAGGGGGCAGUAUGAAACUGUGGUUCCACUCGAAGAUUCCAUUGUGACUGAGGUUACAGCAACUCUUCAAGAAUGGGCCAGUCUGUGGAAACAACUAUAUGUUAAACACAAAGUAGAUCUUUUCUACAAACUUCGCCAUGUGAUGAAUGAACUUAUUGACCUGCGAAGGCAGCUACUGUCUGGUCACCUGACUCAGGAUCAGGUACGGGAGGUUAAGCGGCACAUCACCGUGCGCCUGGACUGGGGUAAUGAGCAUUUGGGCCUGGACCUGGUACCUCGGAAGGACUUUGAAGUUGUGGAUUCAGACCAGAUUAGUGUCUCAGAUCUUUACAAGAUGCAUUUGUCUAGUAGGCAGAGUGUACAGCAGAGCACAUCCCAGGUAGAUACAAUGCGCCCUCGUCAUGGGGAAACCUGUCGGAUGCCAGUACCACAUCACUUCUUCUUCAGUCUAAAGAGUUUCACCUAUAAUACCAUUGGGGAAGAUACUGAUGUCUUCUUUUCCUUAUAUGACAUGAGAGAAGGCAAGCAGAUCAGUGAGCGGUUUCUGGUGAGACUGAACAAGAAUGGUGGGCCAAGAAACCCAGAGAAGAUAGACCGAAUGUGUGCCCUUUUUACAGAUCUGAGCAGCAAAGACAUGAAGAGAGACUUACAUAUUGUUGCCCAUGUGAUCCGAAUAGGCCGGAUGCUCCUGAAUGACUCCAAGAAGGGCCCUGCGCAUCUGCACUACAGGCGACCAUAUGGCUGUGCAGUCCUAAGCAUCUUGGAUGUCCUCCAGUCACUCACAGAAUUAAAGGAAGAAAAGGAUUUUGUUCUUAAAGUUUACACGUGCAACAAUGAGAGUGAAUGGGCCCAGAUCCAUGAGAACAUCAUCCGAAAGUCCAGCGCCAAGUACUCUGCCCCCAGCGCCAGCCAUGGUCUUAUUAUUUCUCUGCAGCUUCUUCGUGGAGACAUGGAACAGAUUCGAAGAGAAAAUCCCAUGGUAUUUAAUAGGGGAUUGGCAAUUACAAGAAAAUUGGGAUUUCCUGAUGUCAUCAUGCCAGGUGAUAUCCGUAAUGACCUGUACCUAACCCUGGAGAAGGGGGAUUUUGAAAGAGGGGGAAAGAGUGUACAAAAGAAUAUUGAAGUGACCAUGUAUGUGCUUUAUGCAGAUGGAGAAAUACUGAAGGAUUGCAUCAGCUUGGGUUCAGGAGAGCCAAAUAGAAGUUCCUAUCACUCCUUUGUCCUCUAUCACAGUAACAGUCCUCGCUGGGGAGAAAUUAUUAAAUUGCCUAUCCCCAUUGACAGAUUUCGGGGCUCCCACCUGCGCUUCGAAUUCAGACAUUGUUCCACAAAAGACAAAGGGGAAAAGAAACUCUUUGGCUUUGCAUUCUCACCCCUGAUGCGUGAUGAUGGCACCACCCUCUCAGAUGAUAUUCAUGAGCUUUAUGUGUACAAGUGUGAUGAGAAUAGCACAUUUAACAACCAUGCUUUGUACCUGGGCCUGCCCUGCUGCAAGGAAGACUACAAUGGCUGCCCUAAUAUCCCCUCAAGCCUCAUCUUCCAGCGCAGCACCAAAGAGUCUUUCUUCAUUUCCACACAGCUCUCUUCUACCAAACUCACCCAAAAUGUGGACCUCCUUGCUCUACUGAAAUGGAAGGCCUUUCCAGACCGGAUCAUGGACAUCCUAGGGAGGCUGCGGCAUGUCAGUGGGGAGGAAAUUGUUAAGUUUCUUCAGGACAUCUUAGAUACACUCUUCGUGAUUUUGGAUGAUAAUACAGAAAAAUAUGGCCUGCUGGUUUUUCAGUCUCUGGUUUUCAUCAUCAACCUGCUCCGAGAUAUCAAGUAUUUCCACUUCCGACCAGUAAUGGAUACAUAUAUCCAGAAGCACUUUGCUGGAGCCCUGGCAUAUAAGGAGCUCAUCCGCUGUUUGAAGUGGUAUAUGGACUGUUCAGCAGAACUGAUUCGGCAGGACCAUAUUCAGGAAGCCAUGCGGGCCUUGGAGUACCUUUUCAAAUUCAUUGUUCAGUCACGGAUCCUGUACUCGAGAGCCACGUGUGGGAUGGAAGAGGAGCAAUUCCGGUCAAGCAUCCAAGAGCUUUUCCAGUCCAUUCGGUUUGUGCUCAGUCUGGACAGCAGAAACUCAGAAACACUCCUUUUCACUCAGGCUGCACUCCUCAAUUCUUUCCCAACUAUCUUUGAUGAACUGCUGCAAAUGUUCACUGUGCAAGAGGUGGCAGAGUUUGUGAGAGGAACUCUAGGGAGCAUGCCAAGCACUGUGCACAUCGGACAGUCCAUGGAUGUGGUGAAGCUUCAGUCCAUCGCCAGAACAGUGGACAGCCGCCUGUUUUCUUUUUCAGAAUCCCGUCGCAUCCUGCUUCCUGUGGUUCUCCAUCACAUUCACCUUCACCUGAGACAGCAGAAAGAGCUACUAAUCUGCUCAGGAAUUCUCGGCAGCAUCUUUUCCAUCAUCAAGACCAGCUCUCUGGAGGCAGAUGUCAUGGAGGAGGUAGAGAUGAUGGUGGAGAGCCUCCUGGACGUGCUCUUGCAGACUCUGCUCACCAUCAUGAGCAAAUCGCACGCUCAGGAGGCGGUAAGAGGGCAGCGGUGCCCGCAGUGCACAGCCGAGAUCACUGGAGAAUAUGUCUCCUGCCUUCUGUCACUGCUGCGACAAAUGUGUGACACUCAUUACCAGCACCUACUGGACAACUUCCAGAGCAAGGAUGAACUCAAGGAAUUCCUACUGAAGAUUUUCUGUGUGUUCCGAAACCUGAUGAAGAUGAGUGUCUUUCCUCGGGACUGGAUGGUGAUGAGACUGCUAACAAGCAAUAUUAUAGUCACUACUGUCCAGUACCUAUCCUCUGCACUGCACAAGAAUUUCAUAGAGACAGACUUUGACUUCAAGGUGUGGAAUUCUUAUUUUAGUCUGGCAGUUCUAUUCAUAAAUCAGCCAAGCCUUCAGCUAGAAAUCAUUACUUCAGCCAAGAGGAAAAAGAUUCUAGAUAAGUAUGGGGACAUGCGUGUGAUGAUGGCUUAUGAACUGUUCAGCAUGUGGCAGAAUUUGGGUGAACAUAAGAUCCACUUUAUUCCGGGAAUGAUUGGUCCUUUUCUGGGUGUGACACUAGUCCCACAGCCAGAAGUACGGAAUAUCAUGAUCCCCAUCUUUCAUGAUAUGAUGGAUUGGGAGCAGAGGAAAAAUGGCAACUUCAAACAGGUGGAAGCCGAGCUGAUUGACAAGCUGGACAGCAUGGUAUCAGAGGGGAAAGGCGAUGAAAGCUACAGGGAGCUCUUCAGCCUUCUAACCCAGCUAUUUGGGCCCUACCCCAGCCUGCUGGAGAAGGUUGAACAGGAAACAUGGCGAGAGACAGGUAUUUCCUUUGUGACCUCAGUAACCCGCCUCAUGGAACGCCUUCUUGACUACAGGGACUGCAUGAAAGGAGAGGAGACAGAGAAUAAAAAGAUCGGCUGCACUGUUAACCUGAUGAACUUUUACAAGUCUGAGAUUAACAAAGAAGAAAUGUAUAUCCGCUAUAUCCAUAAGCUUUGUGACAUGCACUUACAGGCUGAAAACUACACAGAGGCUGCAUUCACCCUACUCCUUUACUGUGAGCUGCUGCAAUGGGAGGACCGGCCACUACGGGAGUUCCUGCACUACCCAUCUCAAACAGAAUGGCAACGAAAAGAGGGACUGUGCCGGAAGAUCAUCCACUACUUCAACAAAGGCAAGAGCUGGGAGUUUGGGAUUCCACUGUGCAGAGAACUGGCAUGUCAGUAUGAAAGCCUCUAUGAUUAUCAGAGCCUCAGCUGGAUUCGGAAAAUGGAGGCUAGCUACUAUGACAACAUUAUGGAGCAGCAACGCCUGGAGCCUGAAUUCUUUCGGGUCGGCUUCUAUGGCCGGAAGUUUCCUUUUUUUCUUCGGAACAAAGAAUAUGUAUGCCGUGGCCACGACUACGAGAGGCUGGAGGCCUUCCAGCAAAGGAUGCUCAGUGAGUUCCCGCAAGCCGUUGCCAUGCAGCAUCCCAACCAUCCAGAUGAUGCCAUCCUACAAUGUGAUGCCCAGUACUUGCAGAUCUAUGCAGUGACACCCAUUCCAGAAUAUGUGGAUGUUCUGCAGAUGGAUAGGGUCCCAGAUCGUGUCAAGAGCUUCUAUCGCGUCAACAAUGUGAGGAAGUUCCGGUAUGACAGGCCUUUCCACAAAGGCCCAAAGGACAAGGAGAAUGAAUUCAAGAGCCUGUGGAUUGAGCGCACCACGCUGACCCUGACCCACAGCUUGCCUGGCAUCUCUCGGUGGUUUGAAGUAGAGAGGAGGGAACUGGUGGAAGUAAGCCCUUUGGAAAAUGCCAUCCAGGUGGUUGAGAAUAAGAACCAAGAGCUUCGGGCCUUGAUCAGCCAGUAUCAGCACAAACAGGUACACGGCAACAUCAACCUACUCAGCAUGUGCCUGAAUGGCGUUAUCGAUGCAGCUGUCAAUGGAGGCAUUGCACGCUACCAGGAGGCCUUUUUUGAUAAAGAUUAUAUUACCAAGCACCCAGGAGAUGCUGAGAAGAUCACCCAACUCAAGGAGCUCAUGCAGGAGCAGGUUCAUAUCCUUGGAGUUGGUCUAGCUGUUCAUGAGAAGUUUGUGCACCCAGAAAUGCGGCCUUUACACAAGAAGCUGAUUGAUCAGUUCCAGAUGAUGCGGGCCAGUCUCUACCAUGAGUUUCCAGGUUUGGAUAAGCUAAGUCCUGCAUGUUCAGGCACUAGCACCCCACGGGGAAAUGUUCUGGCAUCCCAUAGCCCCAUGAGUCCUGAGAACAUGAAGAUGACCCAUCGUCACAGCCCCAUGAACUUGAUGGGCACAGGCCGCCAUUCAUCAUCCUCUCUCUCCUCACAUGCGUCUAGCGAAGCAGGAAACAUGGUGAUGAUGGGUGACAGCUCCAUGGGCGACGCUCCUGAAGAUCUGUACCACCACAUGCAGCUCACAUAUCCCAACCCCAGGUACCAGGGCUCAGUCACCAACGUCUCUGUUCUGUCCUCGUCCCAGGCAAGCCCUUCAUCCUCCAGCCUGAGUUCUACUCACUCAGCACCCUCCCAGAUGAUUACCUCUGCCCCUUCCAGCACCCGAGGCUCUCCCUCUCUGCCAGAUAAGUACCGCCACGCCCGGGAAAUGAUGUUGCUGUUGCCCACGCACCGGGACCGCCCAAGCAGUGCCAUGUAUCCAGCAGCCAUCCUGGAGAAUGGACAGCCACCAAACUUCCAACGGGCCCUGUUCCAGCAAGUAGUUGGAGCCUGCAAACCCUGCAGUGAUCCCAAUUUAUCUGUAGCUGAAAAAGCGGUGCCAGCAGCCCCCAGCAGCUGGAGCCUGGAUAGUGGAGUCCGGGAGGCCCAGCCCUUCCUGUCUGCCCACAUGGGGCACAGCCUGGCCCCCCCAGUGCCUCCCCGAAGCCUGCUGCAUGGUCAUUACUCCUUACAUUUUGACGCCUUCCAUCACCCUUUGGGUGAUACUCCCCCAGCCCUCCCUGCCCGGACCCUGCGCAAGUCUCCUCUCCAUCCCAUCCCAGCCUCCCCUACCAGCCCUCAAUCAGGUCUGGAUGGCAGCAACUCUACACUGUCUGGCAGUGCCAGCAGUGGUGUGUCCUCCUUGAGUGAAAGUAACUUUGGGCACUCCUCAGAGGCCCCACCUCGAACCGACACUAUGGACUCCAUGCCAAGCCAGGCCUGGAAUGGCGAUGAAGACCUUGAGCCGCCCUACCUCCCUGUCCACUACAGCCUCUCUGAGUCCGCUGUCCUGGACUCCCUCAAGGCCCAGCCAUGCCGGAGUCACUCAGCCCCUGGGUGUGUCAUCCCUCAGGACCCCAUGGACCCACCCGCACUGCCACCCAAGCCCUACCAUCCCAGGCUGCCAGCCCUGGAGCACGACGAGGGUGUGCUGCUGCGUGAAGAGGCGGAGCGGCCAAGAGGCCUACACCGCAAGGCCUCAUUGCCUCCUGGGAGCACCAAGGAGGAACAGGCCCGCAUGGCCUGGGAGCACGGCCGAGGGGAACAGUGAGGAGCAGGACGGCAGCUAUGAUACUACCUUCAGUGAACAGCUUGUCCAACCACUCCAGGUCUGAAAAGCAAGUUCCCCCCACCCCCAGAGAGUUAGAGGGGCUUGGCACUCCAGAGAGCACCACCCCAAGUCUCCGUUCUACUGCCGUGAACUCAUGUGUUGCCAUGUUCAAAGGCCGCAGCAGCAUGAAGAGUUGUGGCUUCUCUUUUUAUUUCAUUUUUUUUUUAAUGUUUCCAUUUUCUAUGGGUUUUCCUUUUUUUUUUUCUUUUUUUUUUCUUUAUGCAGUAGAUGCUUUCUUCCUCCUAUAGUUCCAGACUGUAUGGAGCUAUAUGGAGAUAUUGCACAGAAUUGCUUUGCAGCACCACAGGGCCCAAGAGCAGAAGCCCCAGCCCUCCCUUCAGGGCAGAGACGCACAGAAUGGAAAUUGCACUAGGGACCUCUUCUUUUGCUGUAUGGACAGAAAAGUUAAUGGUUGCAUUCAGGGAUUGCAAGGACCACAUGGACUACAUGUUACAGGUGGACAAAUGGGCCACAAGCCAUUUUGCACAAAUGCUUGCCCACCUGCCCACUCUUCCAUCCAGGAGUGUGCAAACUGAGGGUAUGGGUAGGCUGACUUGCCAGCUCAGGCAUGUGACUGGCCUACCUGCAUGCCCAAGGCACACUGCCAGUUUUCAUGGGCCAGCCUUGACUCCUACACCACCUUGGACUUUUCUCUCCAUCAUUUUAUUUCUGAUCAUUUGCUCCCUUCCAUUUGAUACCCUUCAUGACCUGCAGAAGGCUCCAUGGUGAAUGGGUCUGCAAGGGUUUUCUCCCACCCUCUGGGGUCUGAGUGAAGGAAUAGAGCCAGAGGGACUACCCUAACCACCUUUCUCCUAGAGGUAGGCCCUUUCCCAUGUGUUAGAGCUGGAAUAAGAGUGAGGCUGGGGUGUGGCAGGGGCCAGAAAUUCUCUGAGCUUUCAGAGUGGCUAGAAUGCUUGCCACCAGCUCCUGAAUCAGGGAUUUUCAGCACUACCUCUGAGCCAUGGGGUUGGCUGCCCAGCCAGGCUUCCAGGCCCUGAGGACAUGUGGUCAGGUUCAGCAAGCUUCUGUGUAAAAAAGGUGGAAAGGAACUUCUCCUUGUGGAAGCAGAGAACCAUACAGGUAGAAAUCAUCAUCUCCUAAGUGGCCAAGUAUAGCGCCCCUGCUCCAGGCCCAUGGGGACCACCACUCAGGGUUCAGGGCAAGCAGGAAGACAGUUUCUCCAGCCUCCCCAGUCUGUUUGGCAGGCCACAGUGCUGUCUUUAUAGUAAACUCUUUCAGAUCAGGGCACUGAUUUUCCUCUCAGUGUAUUAUCUGGGGGUGGAUAGGGUGGGGUGGGUAUAGUAGUAUUUUACCAGGGUGCUUCUCAGUUACUUAAAAAACAAAACAAAAACUGUCUUGAGACAAAACUUUUUCUUUCAUUUGCUUGGGUCACAUUAUGAUGGUCACAAGACUGCCUUCUCCUUGUUAAGGCAUGUUACCCCCAGUUCCUCUUUUACUGGCCUAUCUGGCCUUCAUGACCAGGUCCUGGGUUCUAGGUCCUCGUUCAUUCUCCUCAGCCCCUCUUUUCAAACAGAAAAUGCCAUGGUCAGGGUGUUUUUCUCUUGGAAACAAGUGCCAACUUGUUUAACAGAAAUGCCAGCAAGUAACCUAUAGGGAAAGAUAGAAGACCCAGUUACCUUCAUAGCAUCUGGGCAUUAACACCAGUGUGGGGCUUUUCUGAUACCAUCAGGAUUACUCCAGGCCAAGUGGAGCAGAAGGCUGGCCCAGGUUGGGGGUCAGUCAAGGCAGUCCACAGUUCAAAGGGGAGGCCUGAACCUAGACUCACUUGCAGCCUUCAAUCUCUGGGACAUCUGGGGAUCAUUAAUGUUAAAUGGUCAGGGACUUGGUUUGAAUUUGAUUCUAAGGUAAGAGGACAUCAGAUUUUCAGGCACUUCAGAACCUCAGUUCCUGGAUAAAGCAGUCAUCACACAGAACAUCUACCUUCUCUACUUGAUGGCACAGGAUGUUGGGAGAGAAGUGUAAGUUUGUUGGCCUUGCUUUAUGGAAGGUGAAACAAACUGGUGUUUUCCCUCUCCAUUUUCCCUAACUGGAUGAAAUGGACACAUUCUGAAACCUUUUUGUUGGAGAGUCAGCCAGUCUGAGGGGAAAUGGGAAAUGAGAGAUGAAAAUUCUUUGAAAAGAUUGUGAAAUAGUGAUUUUCAUUCUUUCAAGCUUAUUUGUAAAUACUUAUUUGAAUGCUGUGUAUUUGUACAGGAAUUUGAGCAAAAAAUGUAUAGAGUGUGAUGUCCAAUUGGUUAUCAGUCCUAUAAAUGUGUUUUUAACCUCUGGCAUUCUGUGCUUAUUUAAAACAAGAACACUACUAACCAUUUCUUUUGUGUAUUUAUGUCUAAAGAAAAAAAUGAUUUAAAAAUGAUCUUACCUGUACCAGAAAAGCAAAGUUAAAAGAAAAAAAAAUUUGUACCAGUGUCCCAAGAGGUAUUUUACUGUAUAUAUUGUGGUAGCAUGUUCUAAAUCCAAGAAGUAAUGUGAAUUUUAGAUGUAAAUAACUGCCACUUUGACUUUUCCCCCUUUUCCCACUCCCUUGACUGCUGUGAUGUUAAUUAAAGAUGAAUACCUGAUACUGAU